AUGUUCAUGUUCAUUUUUAUUUUCCUAUCGAUUUUUGGCGCUACAAAUUCUCUAAAACCGAGAUGUAUUGCGGAAUUAGUAGAAUUGUUGAAUCAAGAGAGACAAAGUGCUGUUUAUUUUUAUCAGGUGGCGAAUAUGCGAAAAUUGGUGGGUUAAUCCGAAUCCACGUGGAAUCCAAAACAUGGAGGUUUUCUGAAGGUUUUUUGGACCACGUGGCAAAAUACUUUUUAGAAAAUCAAAGCUGAAAAUUAUCAUGAAACUUGGGCCGAAUCUCCACGUGUCAGUUUAUUUAUGAAAAAUAAUAGAAUUUUUGCUGAAAAUAUCAUUUUAAUGAAAACCAGCUCUGAAUUUCGUCCUCACAAAAUUAAUUUCAGAUUUACUCCACUAGACUUGAAAGCGACGCACUCAAUGCGACCAUACCAUUUAUGGAUUUUCAAGUUAGAACUAGCACAGAAUAUCCUUCUCCAAGAUCACCUACCAUUCUUCACCAUCAGAGCCUUAGAAUUAGACCAUUCAUUUUCGACGAUGCAUUUAAUACAUGGUUCGAAAAACUUGCUAGAAAAGUUCCGAAUUUCGAUCAAACCAAUCCAAAAAUUCUGACAAGAGAAUGGAAAAGAAGAGCUCCAGAAUAUUUUCAAAUAAUUUGGCCGGAAGCUUUCGAAAUCGGAUGCGUCCAUGUAACUCGACCGGAUUUGCACUUAUUUUUGGCUUGUUCUUUUGAUGCUUCUCCAGUCAUUGAUCAACAUAUUUUUGAAACCGGACCUCCUUGUUCAAAAUGUCCACGUGGAAUGCGUUGUGAUCACGGUUUAUGUAUGUGA